AUGCCCCACGCUGAUUCUGACACUAUGGCUGAACCUGUCGUCAACGGCGAGAAGGUCCAUUCUCAAUUCAUCGAUGUAGGCAUUCCCAACACUCCAUCAGAUGAUCUCACUUGCAUUUGCAUCCAGAUCCAGAUUCAGAUAGAACUAACCUUUCUCAAACCCCAGCACCUGACUUCCUACCCCGUCGUCUCAGACACUAUCACCCUCUUCAAGACCAACCCAUACGGCGCCAAGUCUCUCGAAUUCGCAGACCAAGGUUAUACUCGCCUCGCCAAGCCCGUUCUACCAUACUUCUCUACUCCAUACAGCUACAUCGCUCCCUAUGUGACUCGUGCCGAUUCACUGGGUGACAAGGGUCUAAGCCAGAUCGACACUCGCUUCCCUAUCAUCCGUGAAGAUGCUCAGAAGAUCCGUGGCACAAUCUACAACCAUGCUUCUUACCCUGUCCGCUUUGCAGGUGACAUCAAAACCCAUGUCUUUGACACCUAUGGCACCGAGUAUAAGAAAGCUGGAGGCGCUGGCCUCGUGAACACAGGGAAAGCCGCUUUCACCACUAGCUUGCUGCUGUCGCAGGAGUCGUUGGGUUGGGUGUAUGGACUUGUUCAGAGAACCAAGGAAGAGGUGAAAGAGGCUGUCCACGAAAAAACCAACCACUGA